AAGCCUUUGAGCUGUGAGUCUUUGACCAACCUUUACCCCCCCUUCUUUCUCCCUACUAAUCCAUAACAUGAAGCACAAAACCUCGCGCUCUGGACGAUCGCUGCCACUUGUCUCACUGGGCCCGCCUCAAAAAAUUUUAGAUAGACAGAAAAAAAGAAAAAAGAAAACUGAAAAAAAAUCAAUCCGCAUAUAAGUUCACGACCGAACCCCAAUUCCCCAGAAGGGAAAGUAUAAUAAAAGACAAAAAUAAAAGCGCCGAUUGUCAACAAAGCAUCUCUUGCCCUUUUUCUCACAUAUGAAUGUAAAAACCCCUUUUUUUAAUCAUUUUCUCGUAGCCACCAUCUUUCUUUCUUUCUUUGCAAAGCUUUCAUUUUUCUGUUUGGAGCAUGAGUGAAGAAGAGUGGGUCAAAGAAGCGAUGACUGAUGUCAUGUUGGUGGCAGAGGCAUUAAUGAACCUCGUCCAAGUGGAGUUACCGCCACCGCCACCGAAGCAGUCAGCGAAGAACAACAGUGCUUCGCCGGCUUUGCAACUCGAGUGGAGUGUCCGUCAACGUCGGUCUAAGCAGGCGCUUAGGAAGAAAGGCGAGCCUGCACGAGCUAGCCCCUCCACGCCCCUUUCUUGGAGCGGUGGCACAUCUGUUAGCGGAAGCGGUGGUCCUGACGGCUCCGAGGAGUCUAGCCGUCCAUUGAAACCGGUUGACAACGCUAGAUCUAAGGUUGCGGCAACAAACGAGACAACUCCUCCUCUGAGAUCUAGAAGGAAAAAGACAUUAUCUGAACUUAAAGAGGAGAUGAGUUCACACUUAAAGGAAAAUAAGAGUUUGAAGAAUGAAUUGGAAAUGGUCAAAAUCAAAUUUGAGAAUCUGAGAACCACAAAUGAAACUUUGAGCAGAAAGCUCAAAUUCGAGAAAGAGAGAGCCACAAAUGAAAGCUCUAAGAGAAUGAAGCUUGACUAUCAAUCAAAUCAGGCAACAGGAACAGCUAUUGCUCUUGUUGAACCAAAGAAUGCUAUCUCAGACCUAUCCCAGCAAAGAGAAGUAGCUUAUCAUCCCGCAAGUGUCGGGUGCAACGAAAAUGGCCCGUAUAUGCCAAGUGAAUCUUCUAAAGUACAGGACGUCACAAGUUGCAAGACUUCCUUUAUGCUUCCAGAUCUGAAUCUUCCUAUUGAGGAUGAUUCAGGCUGUGAAGUUCGUGGAAUUAGCUGAGAUGUAUAUUGAUAUUCUUCCCCCCCCCCCCCGCGCCCCCCCAAAAAAAAAAAAAUUUGAGUAGAGUUAAAGAUGGGCAGCGGAAUUUAUUGUUUGGUUUACAAUACAUAACAGUCGUAACUCGCCAUUUCUUGUAAGUACUAAAAUCAAUUCCUUGAGAGAUUAUAGACUAUGAUGCGGAUGCCUAUUUUCUCUAAUGAAGGUAUUGAGGAGCAGUGUAGAGAGCCUAACACAUUAGAUAUGGUGAGAGAUUCGUUUCUUUGAAGCUUUCUACCUUUGUCCAAAAUUCUUUGCGGCUAACCCUCAUCCCUUCUCUUCCUUUUUUUUUUUUUUU